AUGGCGGAAUCGUUAAGCCUUCCGAAAUACAACUCACCAAGCGUGGACCGCACUCUCUACCAACAAGGUGUUGGCUCACUUAUGUACGGAAUGAUCUCAACUUGGCCCAACAUCGCAUACGCAACAGGACUGCUUGCUCAACAUGCCGCAAAUCCUGGGAAGGAGCAUUGGUCAGCAUUGCUACAAGUUCUACGGUACUUACAAGCCACAAAAGAUCUUGGAAUUGUGUACGACAGCUCUAAGAAUUCAGAGCUCAUCGGGUUCGUCGACGCAGAUUACGCCGGAGAUCCGCAUACAAGUCGGUCCACGACUGGUUGGACAUUCAUUCUGGCAGGAGGUGCUAUUGCAUGGUCAUUGAGAAAACAGCCGACGAUAUCUUUAUCAAGUACUGAGGCCAAAUACGUUGCGGCCGCAAGCGCGGCACGAGAAAUUCUUUGGAUUCGAAGUUUCCUAUCCGAAUUAGGUUUUCUUACGAACGGACCAACAGCUCUGUUAACCAACAAUCAAUCGUCUAUUGCACUUGCAAAAAAUCCGAGCAAUCAUCAAAAUACAAAACAUAUACGAGUGAAGUAUCAUUUCAUUCGCGAAUUGAUUGCAUUCAAGGAGAUAGAACUUAAAUUUAUCCCUACCAAUGAACAAGUUGCCAACGUGCUUACAAAGCCCCUUGGACGACUUAAAUUUCCAAAGUUCAUUACAGAUAUGGGGUCUCUGGUUUCUGAGAUCGGUCCAUGUAUGCCAGUAUGCCUACAUGGAUGGGCCUGCCGCCACGAUGUCGAGUGCAACUGGCGAGUGAGGGACGCCCGGGCCGAGGACCCCGAGGCGGAAGGAGGGCGGGAAGAAAACACAGUGAGCGCGUUGCUCGGCGAGGCUGCCACUGAUCUCGUGAAGGCCGGCUUCCUAGGCUCGGUAUUGGUCCUUGGGUUAGUAUAA